ACGCGGCGUCGCCUCCCCGUUCUGGCACGUUCGCUCUCCACUCCCCAACACACACGCGGAGGGCACAAAUCCCCGCGGCCCACACGCCAAUCGGAGCUGGUAGCCUUGGGCGCCGAUCCAAUCAACGGCCGGGCCCCAAUCCCGAAUCCCGCCGGGACAUCAAUUUUCCCCCGCGACGCGCGCGGCCGGGGUGCGAGAGCGCGACGAUGUCCGGGGCGGGGGAGUUCCAGGAGAUGGCGGCAUCGGUGCCGCCGUCGCUGAAGGCCAUCACGCUGACCCACGUCCGCUACCGCCGGGGUGACCCUCUGGGCCUCGUCCUCGCCUGGGUCUCCCUCAUCCCUGUAUUCAUCAGCCUGGGUGGGUUCGUCUCCCACUUCCUCUUCCGCCGGGAGCUCCAGGGCCUCUGCUUCGCCGCGGGGCUCCUCGCCUCGCAGUUCCUUAACGAGCUCAUCAAGCACUCCGUCGCGCAGUCCCGCCCGGCGUACUGCGAGUGGCUCGAGGCCUGCGACUCCUACGGGUGGCCCUCCAGCCACUCGCAGUACAUGUUCUUCUUCGCCACCUACCUCUCGCUCCUCGCGCUCCGCCGGUCGAGCGCGCGCCGGGUGGUCGCCGCCGUGGCGUGGCUGCUCGCCUUCCUCACCAUGCUGUCCAGGGUGAAGCUGGGGUACCACACCGUCGCGCAGGUUUUUGCGGGAGCAGUAGUAGGCCUUGUGUUUGGUGCUAUCUGGUACUGGAUCGUCAACACCAUGCUUGUUGAUUACUUCCCAAUGAUUGAGGAGAGUGCAAUCGGGAGGUGGUUGUACAUCAAGGACACAUCUCAUAUUCCAGAUGUGCUCAAGUUUGAGUAUGAUAACGCAAGGGCAGCAAGGAAGAAAGUUGCUACUGAUUGAGCAUGUUAUGAUUCAGGAUUGCAUGUUGCUGUUCAUUAGGGGGAUUAUAAGAAUGUGUGCGGCAUGAUAUUUGCUUCAGUUAAGCUGCACACGGCACAUGUACUCGUAGCAGCAACAUCAGUGGAAAAAAUGCCCAUAAUAGUUGUGUCAUUUUGCUCUUCCCAGGCAUACACCACUGUUUUUUUCUUUUUUCUUUCAGUCAUUUUGUUUUUCUUAAAGAUAGUUUGAUCCAAGGAUACCACUACCAAAAUUUCAAUAUAUUUCCAUGGAAACGAAGC